CUCGCGUGUGCGGCCUGCGCUUCCUCUUUCUCUCCCAGCUCAGCAAGAUGGCAGUCGGCAAGAAUAAGCGGCUGACCAAAGGCGGCAAGAAGGGCGCCAAGAAGAAGAUUGUCGACCCUUUCUCCAAAAAGGACUGGUAUGAUGUUAAGGCACCAGCGAUGUUCAAUAUCCGCAACCUUGGGAAGACCCUAGUAACGAGGACACAGGGAACCAAAAUUGCCUCUGAUGGUCUCAAAGGCCGUGUGUUUGAGGUGAGUCUUGCUGACCUGCAGAAUGAUGAAGUAGCCUUCCGUAAAUUCAAGCUGGUUACAGAAGAUGUCCAGGGCAAGAACUGUCUCACAAACUUCCAUGGAAUGGAUCUGACACGUGACAAGAUGUGCUCUAUGGUCAAGAAAUGGCAGACCAUGAUUGAAGCACAUGUUGACGUAAAGACAACGGAUGGCUACCUCCUCCGUCUCUUCUGUGUUGGUUUCACAAAGAAGCGCAACAACCAGAUCCGAAAGACUUCCUAUGCCCAACAUCAGCAAGUCCGCCAAAUUCGGAAGAAGAUGAUGGAAAUCAUGACUCGGGAAGUGCAGACUAAUGACUUAAAGGAGGUCGUUAAUAAGCUGAUUCCAGACAGCAUAGGCAAAGACAUUGAGAAGGCCUGUCAGUCAAUCUAUCCUCUCCAUGACGUUUAUGUGCGCAAAGUCAAGAUGUUGAAGAAGCCAAAAUUUGAACUGGGCAAACUUAUGGAGCUGCAUGGAGAGGGCGGUGCUACUGGGAAGCCUGCUGGAGAUGAUACAGGCGCCAAAGUUGAACGUGCUGAUGGUUAUGAGCCCCCUGUGCAGGAGUCUGUCUGAGAUGAUCAAUCUGAUCUAGCCUGUAAAAAAAUAAAAAUAAAACAACUAUUCUAUGUA